UACAGCUGUCUAAACAUGGAGGACGAGUAAAGGGGGAAGACUUCGAUUGCUAAGCGUACGUAAUUGCCCCCAAAACAGAACGAGCCAACCAGAAGAUCUCUACCAAAGGUUACAAUAAGUGACAGUUUAUCAUUCUUUAUUGUUCGAUCGUUUUUGAUUGUAGGAAUGACGAUGGAAAACAUGGGAGACAUUCCCAACGAUCAACAAAUCAGUGAGUCGACAGUACCGCCCGUCAGCUCUGCGGACGAGGAAUAUACUAAUCCACAAGACGAACUUGAACCGACCGUGUCCAGAGCUGAGGCAGUUCCCGUUACGGUGAGCAGCAUGAUAGACAGUGGCGAUUUUCGCUCUCACAUGGGUGAUGCGACAUAUCACACAUUGAACGGACGGAUGAGUCCCAACUACAGUCCGAACAAUAGCUAUGCGACGCUUACGCCAUUACAGCCACUGCCUCCUAUUUCUACAGUUUCAGAUAAAUUUAGCCACGUUCCUUCGUCUAAUGUGAGCGGCAGUUUUACACUUAUGCCACAGAAUAAUGGAAUCGGAAAUGUGAUGGACAUGAGUGCUUAUCGUUAUGAUAAAAUGGGCAUGGGUAUGAACAUGGGACCAACAUUAGGAGCUACGCCAAUGACAAUGAUGUCUCCGAACACACUUCAAUCAUAUCAACAACAUGGAUUCACUUCUUACGGUUACGGACAGAAUGGAUUAGGAUCUCCUGUAAAAUCAGAACAUUGUCACAAGAUGAUUUCACCAAAUUCUUUUGAUUCAUAUGUCGGAUCUCCCAUGCGCUUAGAUUCCAAUUCAUCACGAUUACAUUCACCUAAUAUUAUGAUGUCACCGAUGAACGGAAUCCAUCACUCGGCACCAACGCCUUCACCUCACAGUGACAGUCCUCAAAGAGAUCUCAGACCCACGACAUCAGGCCUAGAAUCGCCCGAUAAACAGGAUCUAGAAGAAAUAAAUACAAAAGAAUUGGCUCAGAGAAUUAGCAGCGAAUUAAAACGAUACAGUAUACCACAAGCAGUUUUUGCACAGAGAGUCUUGUGUCGGAGUCAGGGAACACUCAGCGAUCUGCUGCGUAAUCCAAAACCAUGGAGCAAGCUGAAGUCAGGUCGUGAAACUUUCAGGCGAAUGUGGAAAUGGCUGCAGGAGCCAGAAUUUCAAAGAAUGUCUGCCUUACGUUUAGCAGGUACAGCUUUUCAACCUUUCCACAUGUCACCACCCAAUGGCAACCAGUCCAGCCCACAAGCCUGCAAACGAAAAGAACAAGAACCCGACAAAUCGUCGGAGGAUCAAAGAUCACCCAAAAAACCUCGUCUGGUUUUCACAGAUAUCCAGCGAAGAACACUACAUGCAAUAUUUAAGGAAACAAAACGUCCUUCAAAAGAAAUGCAGACGACCAUAGCACAACAACUUGGACUAGAAGUGACGACAGUCGCGAACUUCUUUAUGAACGCACGAAGGCGAUCGCUGGAUAAGUGGCAGGACGACAACGGAAACAAUAAUCGUGAAAGUGCAUCUUCGUGUACGAAGAGUUAACGUGAGUGUGUUUCUCAGCGUGUUUCUUACGUUAACCAUAUUCCGUGUUGGAUAUGAUCGCGCGUACCAACAGACCUCAUAUAUAUACUGUUUUACAUUCAUUGUGGAUCAUAAAACUGUCAAUCCUUCAUCGCGUAUGAUGCAAACCGAAACAAAAAAGACUAAAAGGGUUUUAUUUAUACAUGUAUCUGGUUUACAGUGUAAACCUCGCCCCGCUCCCCAUCAUUUUGUAUAUUCUAAUUGUUACAGUGUGUGUUAAUUCAUGUAUUUACCAUGAUUUUUUAAUUUAUUUUAUAAAAAAAUUCACGUCGUGAAAACUUAAUUUAUUCAGGUUUUUGAUAAUUAUCAAGGACUGUUUUGAAAAAUGAAGUUUGAAAUUUGUUACAUUGACAGAAUAUGUUUUCUGACAAUGUUUUUCUUUUGUGUUUGAAGGUAUUAUUUAUUAUUCCGAGAAGUAUGUAUUUAAAUUAUACUGGUCAAAGACCAUGAAUUAUUGUUAUUUUCUAUUUAUUUGGAGAUGUUACUUGUGGAAUAUUUAAACACAAUUUAUUACAAAAAAUGAAUAUUUUAAGACUUGAUAAUUUUGUCAAGAUAACUACAGUGAUGUGGUAGAUAGUGUUUAACUUAUUCUGUUUUAGAAAUAUUCAUCAUUUUGUGUUCAUUAUUGUAAAAUCCAUCCGAAAUACUUGUUAUUAUUUAUGAAUUUUUUGCCCGACAUAUCAAGACGAUUUUUUUUCCCUUUUUGUAGUGAAUCGUUAAAAUCUUAAUGAAUCUUUUAAACCCUUGAAGAAAGCAGCUAGUCAGAUUUUAGUAUGUUAUUUAUCGUAUACCACUGUGUAUAUAUAUAUAUAUAUAUAUAUAUAUAUAGAGAUCAUAGAUGUUUGUAUAUAUACAUAUAGAGAUCUUUGACCUGAAUUAUCGCGAUCUGAUGUCCAUUUAAGGCUUUUCUAGUGAGCAACAUGCAGAAGUUAAAUUUCGGCCAUUUUGAAAUUAGUUGUUUUGAAAAUUUCAAUAUCAAAGAUUCAUUGAACUUGAAAUAUUAUUUGUUGUAAUUUUUUUUUUUUUUUUUGAAAGUCACUUGUCCUAGAUGCCUUAUCUAACCAAUUGUCAAAAUCGAAAUGAAAGUUUUAAAAAUCACUGCUAAAUUGCUCACUAGAAAAGAUUUGAAACAUUUAGAACAAUGGCUCGACAUAACCUCGAUCGCGUCAUCAUGUCAUGUACAAAUAUUUCGUGCAAUAUUUUUCACAUUUAUAGAAAGGAAUGACUGUCCUUUUAUGGUCGUGUGUGAGUUUGUUAAUGUUGUGAUUAUUUUUUUGUUUUUUGCGCCUUUUGUCUCUUAUUUUAUUCAGUAUUUUACUUUUAUUUUCUGUGUAAUUGUUAAGUGCUAUUUUACUCUUUUUAUCCAUUCCAAAGUAUUCGAUGAUAUUUUAAUUUAAGGAUCUGAUUUUUGAUGAAUUACUUCGUAUUUAUUCCAAUUGACUCAAUUUAUUUAUUUACGUAUUUAUUUGACAUUCCUUUUUUGGAAAUAAUUUUUUGUGAAAUUGUUAAUGGAGGAUCUCAAUACAUCCAGAACAUUCCAAAAGGUCGGAAAAUUUUAUUCACUCCAGUCCUUUUAAGAUGUUGAUUAAAUGUUUAUUUAUACAAUUUCUAAAACGUUUUAAUUUUUAUUAUUUUCAUUUCAUUUAUUCACCCAAGAUCUGAGAGUCAUGUGUCCUGUCAUGUGACCUGUAUGCCUGUAACACGUAUCCAACCAGCUCUUGAUAUUUUAUUAUUGCCAUAGUUUCACCACAGGACUUGUAACAUCUUAGUCUUGUUUUACCAGACUCUUGAUAAGUGGAUAAUAAUAUGGUGAAAUAUAUUCCUGUGAUCUUACUGAAAUCUCGGUUAUACAUGACGCUCGUUAUCGCUAUGAGCUGUAUCUAGUCUCAAUCGUCACGGAAAUGCUUUUGCAUGUUUUUCAUUUCACCGAAACUAUUUAUUUCAAAAUUUGUCCAACACUUUCAGAUCUCGACCCGCUUGCUGUAUCAAGUGUCUGGUAGAUCAAGACUGGUACAUGUAUAACCAUAUUAGGGUAUAAGAUCUUUGUAUUAUUUAUUGUUGUUUGUUAAGUUAUUUAUUAAUUUAUUGGAUGUCGCGUCAUGUCUCGUCACACCUUAUAUGGGUGUUCCUGUCACAUGGGACCUGUAUUCAGUUUAACCAUUCACAAUCUGCAGAUUGAAAUGGUGUUUAAGGUCCUACAUUUCGGCUCCAUCUAGGCUACUGAAGACAGGCAUACGUUAACUUGACUGGAAUGGAAACAUACAAAUUGUACUAGAUGAUUUUAAGUUUUGAUUUACUUGAAACAAAAAUAUUAUUGUGAGCAAUCUUUUAAAAAAAGUUGCCGAAAAUACCUUUUACUGGGAAGGUCCCAUUAUUAUUUGAUUUUGUCCACCAUCUUUAAUACAUCCAAUGAUUGUCGAUUGUUAUUAAAUUUCAACUAAAAUAGAUUUGACGUGAAAGUCUAUGAUUGGUUCAUAAAUUUGAUAAAACAAAAAAAGAUGGAAGUCUUUUAUGAUUGGUUAAAUUGAAUACAAGGUAGAUGUGACAAGUAAAUUAAUAUAUAUAUAUAUAAUUCUAGUGGUGUUUUAAGGGCAUCGUUAGCGACGACCCUUGUCCAUGCAAUAAUCUAAACUAUUCAUCGAUAUUACGACACUGGUGUGGCCAGACUUUUAUAUAUCUUGUAUAUAGUCUAAUUUAUGUAUCGUACGUUGUUCGUGGUCUUCUCGGGACUAAUAGACAUGUAGCUAGCAAACAACAUAUUAUUAACUAACGCAGACUCACGGCAUUCGUUCGUCAAGAUUCCUUCUUUAUUUCACCAACCAAUCAACAGUGCUGUUAUAUAUUUACAUAUAUAUAUAUAUAUAUCAUUGAGGAAUUUGUAAUUACGAUGAUGACUUGUGUCUGUUUAAUCCUGUUUUCUCGCGCAUUGAAAAAUAUCCAGUUGCAGAAAGAGUCUCAUUUGUGUUGUUUUUUUAACCCGAGUCAUUAUGUAAACUAUCGCUAAAAACCAACAAUAUAUUAUGUUAUGUGUUUAUAGUGUUGUCAUGACAACUACACGGACAAUGUAUAGAGAGUUUUGUCACUAUUGCGAACGAAGUUGUGUGUCACAACAGGAUCUGUAUCAAGAACUGUUUGGAUAGAAAGAGAAAGUGGAAAUUGUUCGGAAAGCGGAGAAGGAUUCAGCUUGUGAAACAAUAGCUAAUAACGUUAGAUUGUGGAUUUCUACUCGAGCCCGUGAGAAUUUAUCAGCUGUUGUUGUCAACAUGGCCCUAUGGUUGUUAGGGGUUGCUAUGAUUAGCCACACAUCUUCAUUCAUUUUAUGUUUUUCUUUAUUUAACAAAAAAUUGUCAGAUACAGUUUCAGGCCAUAUUUUUUUUAUUUUAUUUAAGAAAAAAAAUUUAUUGAUAGAAUAGUAUUAUGUAAAAUUUGAUAUCAAUCAUCUUGCUUUGUACACUAUGAAUAGUUUUGAAAUUUUUUAGGAUAAAUAAUUCUUGAUGCUAGUCAAAAAAAACAAAACAUGUCUUCAUUCCAGAAAUAUAGAAAACUUGUUUCAGAAAUUCUGUAUUUCUUAAUCAGACUGAAAUUCUUAUAUUGUUAAUGAUUUUCAUGCAAAUCCUGAAUAGGAAUAUGGGGUGUGGUGGGGUGAGUAGAGUAGGCUAGUCCUGCGUUCUCCCCUCUCCCCUUCGAAAAAAUUAUUUGAAACAUUGGGUCGAAAAAUGAAGCAUGGUUUAUCACUUGCCAAAUAUACUCAUUAUUAUUAUUGUAAUACUUGAUAUUAUUCUCAAUUUUUUUCUCUCCCCGCCAUUAUACGAGAUUUCAUUUAUUUUUUGAAUCCAAGGACUAAGUGCAAUAUUUCUCCUCCUCCGUGUUUUAAGUAUUGCGACGCUAUUUAAAUGAAUGCUGUUAGGUUAAGAUGUGAAUUGACACUUUAUAUGUUAUUAAUGUAUGUGGAAAAAAAAGUCCAUUUAUAUAUGAAACGUGUAAAUUUUAUGUGGAAUUUUUAUUUUGUGGUGCAAUUUUUAUUAAUCCAAAGUACGAUGGAGUCAUGCCCUAGACAACUUUAUUGUAGUUAGUUUUGCCAUAUAUCUAUUUUUAGGUAAAUUUUGAGCUUUUUUGCUUAUUUAGGUCCUGAUGUAAACGUUAGUUCGAUCUUAUUCAGAUAUCCUAAAGUAUAAAAACCUUUUCUUCAGGUACCUUCAGAUAUGGAUAAUUCUUCGAUAAGAAAUUAUAUAUCCUUUAUACUUAUGUUAUUGAAUCCAUAGAAGAAAGUUUAAUAAUUGAAUGAGACAUAUUAAAUCCAAAUUGUAAAAACAAAUCUUGAAUUUAUGGACGAAAGUUCAAAAUUUUUAGAAGAAAAACUAAGUUUUGAAAAUAUUUUAAGGUAUCUUAAGUUGAGAACUGAGUUUUAAACUCACACUUUUAGUAACAUUUACCCUAAAAAAAGAUAGUAAAGAAUAGGGGGAAUUUGUUUAUAAAUGUCUGAACUAGCUCGACUUUGUAUCUGAUUAAGAUUGAAACUAUUGUUUUAUAUAAUUCAGUUUCAUAUUCACACAGUGGCUACCAUCUUUUGUUCUUAGAAAAACAGGAAAAAAAUAUUGUUUACUUUUAAAAAAAACAAUAUACUGGUAAUAUACUGUAUAAAAUUUGACUACCCCUGUCCCCCCAUAAAAAAACACCAAUAACGAAGAACUGUUUAAUUGGUGGGAAAUUCCUAUUAGAUUUUUGUUGGAGCAAAAAAUGAAAAAAAAAAAUGAUUCACAUGUCAAAGAGUUUAAAAUACAUUUAAAAAUGUGCUGUAAAAUGAAAAAAUGGCAGCGGACAAUCAUAUUAAAAAUUUUGGAAUCCUCCAGUUUCAUAUUAUUUCCCAAGAAACACAAUCGUUUGGGUUGUGUUAAAUGUCAAGCAUAUUCAGAAUUUAAGCCUGUACAUUAUGAUGUUAAAAUUCUGAUUGAGAUAUUCUCACAGAGAUUUAAGAUUUUGUUAAAAAAUUCCAGUUGAGAUAUUCACCCCCGCCCCCACAACUACCACCCACCCUCCACCCCACUCCAAAAUUUAAGAAUUUAAAGUACUCUUGUAGGCCUAUAUUAUGAUGUUAAAAUUCAAAUUGAUAUAUCCCUGUGCUCUCUCAUCAUUUCCUGGGUUUUAAGAAUUUGAUAAUUAUAAUAAGAAGAUUUAGAAGAUGUUAAAUUUCUAACUGAUAUAUUAUUUCCACGCUAGCGCCGCCAGCUCAUGAGUUUUAAUUUUAAGAAUUUAAAGAAUUAUAAGACGUAGCCAAGGUGUGUAUUAUGUAUGUAGAGUAUAUUGUUGUUUUGUGUUGAUGUGAAGCCUCUCGUCACAGUUAACAUGAUCUUAUCACUCAUAUGCAAACAAUAGGUUCAGUAUGUAUAAAAUAAAUAAAUAAUAAAACAAGGCACUAUAAUACAGUGUCUGUAAUACAAAAAAAACCUGUAUAGUUA